AGCUAAUUGCAACUCGCAAGCAAGCACUGCACAAACAUUGGACAUAUCCGGUUAAUUUUCAGCAACAGUAUUUUGUAUUGUUAUUGGUUCUCUUUCUCUUCAAGAUAACAAAUCAAAUCGUUAUUCAUUUCAUUACUACAACACCCUCCGCCAUGGUAACACUCACCCUCUUCAACGACAUCUCAUUUCCACCCACACAAACCCUUCUCCGCCCUUACCUCCAUUCCCCUUUCUCCUCACUCAAUCCAAAAUCAAAAUCCAUUCACAAAAAUCACUCUAACCCUAUUCUCCGUCUUCGUUGUUCCAUUGCGGAAGAAUCCACCGCAUCUCCGACUAAAACCACCUUGAAAUCAGAUUCCGGUGCUAGAAACCACUCACGUGUUGAUUGUGUAGUUGUUGGUGGUGGUAUCAGUGGACUCUGUAUCGCUCAGGCUCUUUCUACCAAACACGCUGAUGGUGUCCCUAAUGUUGUUGUUACUGAGGCUAGAGAUAGAGUUGGUGGGAAUAUUAUUACUGUUGAGAGAGAUGGAUUUCUUUGGGAAGAAGGUCCUAACAGUUUUCAACCGUCUGAUCCUAUGCUUACCAUGGUGGUGGACAGUGGUUUGAAGGAUGAUCUUGUUCUGGGAGAUCCUGAUGCGCCUAGAUUUGUGUUGUGGAAUGGGAAAUUGAGGCCGGUGCCGGGAAAGCCAACUGAUUUGCCUUUCUUUGAUUUAAUGAGCAUUGGUGGCAAGCUCAGAGCUGGUUUUGGAGCACUUGGCAUUCGCCCUCCUCCUCCAGGUCGUGAGGAAUCAGUUGAAGAAUUUGUGCGUCGUAAUCUUGGUGCUGAAGUUUUUGAACGCUUGAUAGAGCCUUUCUGUUCAGGUGUCUAUGCUGGUGAUCCUUCAAAAUUAAGUAUGAAGGCAGCUUUCGGGAAAGUGUGGAGGCUGGAACAAAAUGGCGGUAGCAUUAUUGGUGGCGCCUUCAAAGCAAUACAAGAGAGAAAUGGAGCUUCAAAACCACCUCGUGAUCCGCGUCUGCCAAAGCCAAAGGGUCAAACUGUUGGAUCAUUCCGGAAGGGACUUACCAUGUUGCCAAAUGCAAUUUCUGCUAGGUUAGGUAACAAGGUGAAGUUAUCUUGGAAGCUUUUAAGCAUUAGUAAACUGGAUAAUGGAGAGUACAAUUUGACUUAUGAAACCCCAGAAGGAGUUGUUUCCUUGCAGAGCAAGUCUGUUGUCAUGACCAUUCCUUCCCAUAUUGCUAGUCCAUUGCUGCGUCCUUUGUCUCCUACUGCUGCAGAUGCACUUUCAAAGUUUUAUUACCCUCCAGUUGCUGCAGUUUCCAUUUCCUAUCCAAAAGAAGCCAUUAGAUCAGAAUGCUUGAUAGAUGGCGAAUUGAAGGGAUUUGGUCAAUUGCAUCCACGAAGCCAAGGAGUGCAAACAUUAGGAACUAUAUACAGCUCAUCACUUUUCCCUAACCGAGCACCACCUGGAAGGGUUCUGCUCUUGAAUUACAUUGGAGGGGCUACAAAUUCUGGGAUUUUAUCAAAGACGGAGAGUGAACUCGUUGAAGCAGUUGACCGAGAUUUGAGACAAAUCCUUAUAAACCCAAAUGCUCCGGAUCCAAUUGUUUUGGGGGUGAGAGUGUGGCCUCAAGCUAUUCCACAGUUCUUAAUUGGACAUCUUGAUCUCCUAGAUGUUGCUAAAUCUUCUCUAAAAACUACUGGGUUCGACGGGCUAUUCCUUGGUGGCAACUAUGUGUCUGGUGUUGCCUUGGGACGGUGUGUUGAGGGAGCCUAUGAGAUAGCAGCUGAAAUAAACGAUUUUAUCUCGCAGAGAGUGUACAAGUAACGGCAAUAUUUUCAUGAAAUGAGUGGGACCCCUCGUGUUCCAUUGAAUUGUAAUGACAAAGUUUCUCAAAUUUAUUGUAUUAGGUUCUGGGUGGCUUCUGUUGCAGGUAAUGUUUCAUCUACUUGACAUACAUUAAGAAAGGUAGCUAUCAGUUUGCCACCCUUUUGUAGAUUUUGACUUGGUAUAUGUAAAUCCAGGCAAUGUUUUGAAAUAAUUGCAUAAGUUUGAUUAUUGCAA